UUCUUCUUCUUCCAUUGAAGUCUCCUCACACACUCUCCGUUUUUCGUCGCUCCAACAACAGCUCAGGCCUUAGCCAUGGAGGUCGCCGCCUCAGCUUCGAGCUUUUUGCUCCACACGCGGCGCAUGUUAGCACCGCCGACCACCGCCACUUCCCGAACGCCGAUUCGUGCUCAUACUACGACGGCGUCGUCUUCUCCCGCUCUCCGAGCUUCUCUCUCCUCCAACUUCCUCUCUCCCUUCGCCGGCGGCGGCCUCUCCGCCGAAUUCUCCGGUCAGAAGCUCCGCCCCGCAUCCCUCAAUCCGGCGUCCUUUCGCAACUCCAAGCCCAAACGAGGCGUCGUCACUAUGGUUAUUCCAUUUUCAAGGGGAAGUGCAUGGGAGCAACCUCCCCCAGACUUGGCAUCUUACUUGUAUAAAAAUCGAAUAGUAUACUUGGGCAUGUCGCUUGUUCCUUCGGUCACAGAGUUGAUAUUAGCUGAAUUUCUGUACCUUCAGUACGAAGAUGCUGAGAAGCCUAUAUAUCUGUACAUAAAUUCCACAGGAACAACAAAGGGUGGUGAGAAGUUGGGUUACGAGACUGAAGCUUUUGCUAUCUACGAUGUUAUGGGGUAUGUGAAGCCCCCGAUAUUUACUCUGUGUGUCGGUAAUGCUUGGGGAGAAGCAGCGCUACUUUUGGCCGCUGGUGCAAAGGGAAACCGUUCUGCUUUGCCCUCAUCUACAAUUAUGAUGAAGCAGCCAAUUGCAAGGUUUCAAGGUCAAGCAACAGAUAUAGACCUUGCAAGAAAGGAGGUAAAGAACGUGAAGGCAGAAUUGGUUAACCUCCUCGCCAAGCAUAUUGGAAAAUCUCCUGAGCAAAUUGAAGCUGACAUCCGGCGUCCAAAAUAUUUUAGUCCCAGCGAGGCAGUGGAGUAUGGCAUCAUAGACAAGGUAGUGUACAACGAGAGAAGUACUGAAGAUAGGGGAGUUGUCUCUGACCUGAAGAAAGCACAACUUAUGUGAUGUGGGAUGGCUUGGAAGAUUACUUUGAGGAACAUCCAGAUUUGGAGAUCUUUGCAAUAUUAACUUCUAGAUUAGCGGGGAAAAAGUUGCCCCAAACAAGGAAAAAAAAAAAGCCUGAGUACUGAUCGACAACGGAGAAUAUUCACAGUACAUCCAAUUGGGAAUCGCAUAAACCACUGGUUUCCUUAAACUUGUAUCUACUAUCUGGCUCAGAAAUUUAAGAAUGCCAUUGUAUCCUUGUUUCUAUUUUGACUUGAAUUUGUCUUUCCAACUGUGGUUAUGUGAAAAACACGAGGAAAAGAAUUAAUAGCUGAAUUAGUUCAUGUAUUAACCCUUUUGACUUGGUUCUAGUAAAAGAUAAUUUGUUCAAA